UGCCCCAUAGCGUCCUACUUGGGCUGUGACCCGGCCUGGCAAUUUGGGGGUCCCCUUGGCCCUGCCCCACAGCGUCCCUCUCGGGCUGUGACCCGGCCUGGCAGCUGGGGACUAAACCCACAGGCGUGAUCAGGGGCGUUUCUCUGUCCCUGCACUGUCUAGACGGUGGGUCUAGUGACACAUUGGAUCUCAGACAAAAGAACCUCUGUCCGCACUGGGGAGGGAAACCCCAUAUUUACCCACAGCUCUUGCUAGUGCUUUGCCAACAGCGCCAGUGGGUAGGGCCCUGCCCUGCACCUGAGCCGUCCCUGGUGGUAAAGGCAGGAAGCUUGGCCAGCCCAUGUCUGUGGAAGCCACAAGAGGGACACAGUGGUGGGAGCACCCGAAGGGUGUGAACACCUUGGGCUGUGCCAGUCGUGCUCUGGGGCCUGGUUCUCCGUUAUGCCCCGGGUAGUUAUUUAUGCCAGUGCACAGAGGGUGCUGAGUGCCACUCAGUCACCAUGAGGGAGUUUCACCCACACUUUGCCCUGGCUUAAAUGGCUGCACAGAGCAAUGGGGAAUCAGGUGCCCUUUGUGCCAGCAAGGCUGAUGCCAAGGGGCUGUGCCAGGCAGGUGUCAGCCCCUGGGUAAUAGCCCUGGCCUUUACACCACCUCUGCAGCAGCUCUGGGCCCAGGGGCCAUCCUGGGGGGAAGGGGUAGAGAAAGGGAGCAGAUGGGGAUGGGAGGAGGUGGGGCCGGAUCUGCACCCCGGUGAUUCUGCACCCCUGCAAACCCCAUAGGGCUCAUUGAGGUAGAGGCACAAUGUUGGGGCACUCUUGGGGCUGCUCUGGGGUCCCCCUACCCCCCUCUUACCCUGAGUAGGGGAGGCUGCCGCCUCUUGGGCCAGGUGCAGGGAGGGAUCUGGUCCCAAGAGGGAGAAUUAGGACGAACCUCCGGAGCAGGAGAGCUGAAUGGCAGCUGUUGGUGCAAGACGACCUAUAGCACUUACUGAACCCUUGCAAGACUGGGCGUGCGCCUGGUUGGAUUCGCCUGGGGGAGUUUCUUCCCCCCCCCCGGGGGCUUGGUGUCUCCCUACCCUGCCGCAAAUCUGCCCAAGGCCAGUGGGAAUGGCCCGUUGCAGUGAUCGUUGGAAUUCCAGCAGCAAGGUUGCGUCUGGCUGUGUGCACCCGCCCAGGUGUAUCGUGGCUUUGGGGAGCGGUGCUAGCUCUCUGUGACUUGCAAAGCUUUGCCCGCUUGGUCUCCCGUCUGUGGGAAGAAUGGGCUCAGUUUCGGAGCUGCUCACAGCAGUUCCCCUUCACCAGAGGCCGGAUCUGGUGGAGGUCUGCGCCGAGCUCAUCAACGAAGAGUGGAAGAAAAGCAAGACCUCUCGCAUGUACUCACUCCAGAAGUCCACGGACAACUUCCCCCUGUGCCUGGUGCUGAUUAAAACCCAGAGGGCCACAGAGGCUGCCGAGGAAGGGAAGAUGGCGAAGACCCAGCUCCUUGGGCACGCCAGGUUGUCCCGCGUAGUCAGCCAGCCCCAGAGCUUGUUUGUGGAAACGGUAGUGGUUUCCAGGGUGCUGCGGGGCCAGGGGUAUGGCCGGAAGCUGAUGGAAGCCACCGAGUGCUACGCCAAGUCCCGUGGCUUCAGGCACCUGCAUCUGACUACACAUGACAAGCAGCACUUCUAUGCCCACCUGGGCUACACUGCAUCUGAGCCGGUGCAGAGCAUGGGGUUCAUGAGCUCCCUGGUCCCCAUGGAGUUCCUGCAAAUGUUCUCCAGCCCCCCUCCUCAUGCUAGAGCACCUGCUUGGGGACUGGAAAAGCCCAGCCCCAUCACCUCCCAUCUUAACAGCAGAACUUCAGGAGCCAACCUGCCUCCACUACCGUCCUCCACGCUCCCUGCCCACUGCACCACCACUGUGUGCCCACCACCACCUCCGCCACCAUUGCCACCAUCUCUGUCUCCACCGACCCGCUCUUUAAACUCCUCACAAUCUGCCAUUCCCCCUCCACUCCCCUUGCCACCUUCACCACCCCAUGCUUCCCCUUUCCAUUCCAGGACUGCUGCUGCUGGGCUGCCUCCACCACCCCGUUUACCUGCACCAGCUGCCCAUGUAAGCUCUGCACACUUUCUGCCCCCUCCCCCUGGUCCUCCACCACGCCUCCUCCCUCUGCCAGGGCAACCAGGUUCUCCUGGCCCCAUCGCCUACAGUCCACCAGGGAAGGAUCCCUAUGGUCACACCCUCCUGGAGACACCGUACCGUGACCUCAGAGGGCUCCCCAUCUUCUGGAUGAAGAAGGACAUUUGACUCCCGCACAGUGUGCCAAUGAGAUGCUGAUUAAAAGUUGGGGGU